AUGCGUGAGAGAGGUCUAUGAUAUUUUUUAUCGGCGAUUAACUUGACUGUACUAGCGAAUUCCUUGCUAAAAUUGCCGAUGGUGGCACGGGAGUCUGGACAUGAAGCUCUCGAAAGGAAAUGUAGCAAAUGGAAACCGAGGCAGAGGAUGCAUUUUGAAAACUAAAAUAAGUUGUUUAUGUUACGAGGCUCCACAUCGAGGAUACAGUCAGCUGAUCUCGAAAAAAUUGCAGAAAUGCUAAAGAAUUCAGUGUGCUUAAUUUUCUGCAGUACUUUAUUGGUUAGUUAUACCUGACUGAAUUAUUAACAGGUUCUGUUAACGUAAUAGAACACUCUGUUGUAUUUAAAAAGAGAGAGAGAAAAAAAAAAAAAGAUGAAAGCUAUGCGUGACGAAAUAGUGAACUGUAUUAGAGAGAAGCCGCGGAAAAGUGUUUUAUUGUAACAGUCAAAUAUAAGUGAUUAACUAUUGUGAAGUAAAAGGUUACUGCCAUAUAACGAGUUCGAAAAUUCCUCGUCUACCGCUGCUGAGGCGUCUAGAACCCUCUGAAAUAUCAAUGCUCAAGGAACCCUACUACCAUGGCAGCCCUUUCCGCCCAACCUCCUCCACCUCAAGCCUCUGGGGCCCCGACACGCCCUCCAGCCCUACUCCUGACGCGAGACGUCGUGAACAAUUUCCGCUUCCAGCUCGCCGUCAUGCUCAAGGGUCAGCGCGUACUCGUGCAGGCCUUCCGGUGGAAUUACCAGGGAGGCUCCUCGGUCAAAGAUUUUCUAAUGCAGAAAUUCGUGACCAACAAGAAGAUGAAGGAGAUUUUUAUCAAGGACCAGAGAGAUGUCCUUGACUCAGGGAAGCCUUGCGAGGAAUACGAUAUCUCGCUUCUCAACAUCUUAUUUCAACAUGCAUGCGGGACGGCUGGCUCUGCGACAGAUGCGGCCGGACAGUCACUGGGACAGCUUGUCCACAAACUGAAACAGGAACGCAAUGCCAUCUCGCAUGCCAAUGGAAUCCUCCCGAUGUCGGAUCGAGACCUCCAGGCAAAGCUAGUAAUGCUGGGAGAUUUGUUGUGUAACAUUACUAGACUGGCUGGAAGUCAUUCGGGAACACAAUCUGACGUUAUUGACGAUUUGGUUUCUGAAAUACAAGACGAUUUUAAGGAGUUGAUGAUGAAGAUUCGGGAACCUUUAAGCGCAAGUGACUAUAAUAUGCUCCCACAACUGCAGCAGGAAAUCAAACUUUUUCAAAGUGUUCUACAGCAUCAGGUGGAACAGGACAGUCGACUGGAAUUGGAAUCUGUUUACUCUCAGAUGUGGGAUGUAGCUCUCGUGCAAUGGCUUUAUCCAGAUCAAACAAUACGCCCCAGUCUAAACUUCACUAACCUGGUCAUUAAAGAGGACACAUCCAGUUCUAUGCCAUCGCAGCAACACCAGCCUCGUUUUAUACCCCACGAAGAUAUUCUGGAAGUUAGACGCCGAGAUGGUGGUCUUCCAGAUGUGCUGAUAAUAUCUGCAGAUGGAGGGAUGGGAAAAACCACAUUGUUAAAGUACAUGAUGGAGAAAUGGGUGACCGACCCUUCUCCGUUCAAGGGUCUCCAAGAAGUUUCGCCUUUGUUGUACUUGCAACUCCGAGGUUCAACCAUCGGCAGCUGGCAGGAACUGUUAGAGAAUCUGCUUGGCAAGACACUCGAAGAUUCUGGAUUAAUGGCAUGUGAUUUUGUAAAAAUGUUUCUGAAAAUGAAGACGGUUGUCCUCCUUGAUGGCUUUGAUGAGGGCAAUAAGAAAUCCAAGAAAUUGAUAAAAGAGCUGGUUAAUCUUGUGGGCAACUUGCGCAUUGUAAUAACAACCAGACCAGAGACAGUGGACCCUUUGACCCAGAUUGUGCGAGCUAAAAAGAAGGGCAUGAGCCUGGAAGUGAAAGGGAUUCGUAGGGAAGACCGGCCCUUCUUUGUCCAAAAUACCCUGAACUGCAUUGUUCAGGACCCAGAUGCAGUGAAUGAGCUGAAAGGCCAAAUUCUUGAAAAACUGGAUUCCUUGCAACUGGGGAAUUAUGACCUGGACGUUCCCCUCACCCUGGUACUGUUGAUUAUACUCGAGGUCGAAGUGCCUGAGCGAAGCAGUUCUAACUCUGGCUUGAUCACAGAAGUUUUUUCUGAGUUGACAAAGCUCAUGAUUGGCAAAUGUGAAGAAAGACUAACCCUUAAGGAUGUAGAUGAUGCUGUAGACAAAAUCGUAGAAUAUCAUGAAUUUCUGGAAGAACUGGCUUUCAGGGGUCUGACUAGAAAUGAACAUGAUUUGUUGCCAGCAAGUGUGGCGUCAUUGAAAGCAAAGUGCAAAGAACUAGAACUGCCCGACAAAGAACUGUUCUCUGGCUUCUUCAGUUCAAAAAGAACCCGGAGGGGCUUACAAACCAUCCUCAUUUGGUCUUACCCACACAACCGAUUUCAGGAGCAUUGGGCAGGGAGCUAUGUGAUGAAGCGUUUACUGCAGCUACCAAGGAGAUUACCUGAUUUGUCGUGGUUGCUGGACUUGGAAACUAUGACUGGACUUGUGGAGGCCAAUAUCACACCGGAAGAACUAGAGCAGAAUCCUGUCCUAAACAUUAUUCUCGAUGGUGAUGAAAGUAAUGUAGCCAAGAUCUCAACGCAUCCUAAUAUCCAAAAUGUUCUGUGCUGUGUCACAGGUCUCCUUGCUGACCCCACUCCUGAUUCUAUUGUUGAUGUUGAAACGCGUCUGGAUUUGUUGGACCACCUGAUCCCGGCAUUGCUGAGGCUGGUAAACUUUGGAUUGACUUUCAAGGACUUCUUCUCAGAUUUUUCAGGACCAAAAUGUAAUUAUUUUGAUGCAGUCUACAGACACAUGGUAGAGUCUCGAUGGCAGGAAAGUGUAGUUGAUGCGUGCGUCAAAAUUCUAAGGAAGCAUGAAACAUGGAGCACCAGCGGAGAUGCUUUCCAUGGCCUUCAGCUGGUUCUUGAGCAUGUCACACCAGACAGGCUGAGCAUCAACAUGGAGAUGAUUCAUAUGCCACCUCAGCUGCUGCCUGCUCUUGAAAUGUUUGCUAAGAAGGAGAUGCAAAUCGAUCUCUAUCUCGCACAGCAUUUUAUAUCAGGCUCGGGGUCGUCUGAUGCGUAUCUGAAGACCCUGAUGCAGGCAGAGUCAUCUUGCAAUUUAGUGGAACUCUAUGGUAAGCUGUCAGUUGAUGGAAUACAGCUUCUUCCUAGCAGUCUGAGAGUUUUGCUGGUGCGCAUUGACUGGGACGGCUUAAGGUCAUUGUUAUCGAGACUACCGCAGCUGCCGAAUAUAAAAGUCUUCCAAAUCGCAUUGGAGGAUGAAGGAGCUCGGCCUAAUCUGGAAAGCCUCGACCAGUUAUCCUUCAGCGGCGAAGAACUGAGCAUACGGAGCCCUUACCCUCUGCCCGAGGCCGACGUCGGCUGGUGGUUCCAAGUGGCUAGGCGUCUCCUCCCGUCGGAGAGACAGUACGAUGUCUUUAUAGUCUACCCAGAAACACGCCGCGCCGCAGAAGAGGCGUUGAAGGCGUUCAGUCACCGGGGCGCCCUCGGGGAAAUGUUUUACGUGACGCCCGCCUCCCCGUUCUCCGAGGGCGACAUGGGCGAUCUGAAACGACUGGCCGCUUUCCUGGGCAUUUGGGCACAUUUCGAGUAGGAGACGGGAUGAGGGCAAAGUAAGUAGAGAAAUGUAAGAAAUCCGCAGAUGGAAACCAGGGGUUAACGAGAGCAAAGUGAACAUCCAAGAGCAGAAGGUCCUUGUUCUACGUCUGCCUGCUUAGCGGUUGUGUGAUCCGUAAAGAAUGGACCGCCAGAUUUGCGUCUUCUUUCUGGUCCUGCUAUCAACCCUAUCUCAUUUGGUUUCUGCCGAAGAGCUCACCCAAGAACCUCACCAGAUUGACCUUGGCAACAUUCUGGCCAUUAUUGUGCUCUUGGUCAUGGGGAUAUUAGGGGGUUUGGCAUGCUUAGGGUCCUAUGCCAGGAAUCACUUGACAAAUUCAUAUUAGCCUUGCAUUUCUCUGCCUUUAACUCAUUGCUACUGGGUAUAACAUGUACAUCAUGUCCACUGUGAUUUUACUUAUUUAAUGUGUUUACACAAACAUGGCUCCACAAGAGCUUUGUCACCAAAAGGUCAAUUACUAGUCCUCUGUAUCUCACCUGUUUUCUCUUUCUUAUUGGUAUUAUUAUUUUAAUGACUUUAUAAUUAUCAUAAUACCAGAAAUAAUGUUUACAAUUUUGAUAUUGAUAACACUAGAAAAAUAAUUUCCUAAAUAUUCAAGGAAUGUGGAAAUCAGUGGACAGCAAGUACCUGCUGCCAGUGGAUUAAUCUUUGGUUUAUUCAGUGUGCGAGAAUGGUCUGGUUGACUGCCGGGGUCCUGAAUACUGCUUUUGUAGGAUGAUGAUGGAUGGUAGAAAAUACUGGAUUUUCAGGCAGUGGAUAAGCUUUGUGGAUGUUCAUCAUACUUUCAUACUAUUGCUGUUAAGUAUUUUUUAAAUUAACCUCUUGAAUUUAAUGUUUUAAAUUAGUUCUGAAUUUUCCUAGUAUUUAUUCUUCUGAAUGAAAUUAUCAAUGUGUGAGAAUGAGCUUUAAAUCCACUCUUAUAUUUGAUAAGUUCUGGUAAAGAAUACAGCAUCCCCCAGUUUAUCUUAACUAUGUUCUCUGUUGUUUUGUAUAUCUUAUAGUUCUUCCAGUGUUUUCAUCUAUAUUGAUCCAAGUCUAGUCUUAGUAGUUAUGGAGAUGUAUCAUGUUCCUGAAAUUUUAUAGAAUUUGUUUAUAGUUUUUGUGAAUGUUAUUUUCUGUUAGUAUCAUUAUUUGAAGCAUGAAAGACCAGUGUUUUAUGUCUAUUAAAAGUGUGAUCUUAAUAAUGCUUGUAAACCUGGCUAAGAGUUUUCCAAAGAAUACACAAUUCCUUUGAAUUUUGUCUCUUCUAGAUUGAAUUACACACGGUGAUCUAUAAACUAUGGAGUUAUAGAUUUGUGAUAUAUUAUCUUUUUUACAAUUUAUAAUAAAAUUUUCAGUAGCUUAAUGCUACUUCUCUUGAAUA